AUGCACUUCCAGUUCAAAGAAUUCCGAGUCAAAACCCAGACAAGAAUCGUAGUUAGGGUCCUAGGUAGUUUGAAGCGAAAAGGAAGAACUCAGCGGGAGAAAACUGAAGUUACUCAAGACGAGGAUGAAAAUUCCGGAAGGAAGUUUCUUACAGUGAUCCCUAAGCCCAAGCGGGGUCGUCGGAAUUCGGCUAUUAUGAAAGAUAAAGUUGACAAUGAUGUUGAUUCCAGUGAUGAUGAGGAUGAGGACAGGGACGAAGAGAAAGGUGAUGAUUCAAGAGGAAAUGAGAUGAUGGUAGAGGAGGAGAAUCCCAAUUGGCCUCUGGAUGCCGAUGUUGGGUGGGGUACUAGAGCAUAA